GUGGCCGAUUCCCGCCGCCCGCCCCCCACCCCCGACGCGGGGUCCUGCAACGGGGAUGCUGACCCUUCGGGGCAACGAUGGAGAGAGAAAGAUCACUGCCGGUGGCCACUGAACGUGGGGAGAGGCUGCGGCAGUCGCCGGCGCUGCAGAAUGUGUGAGUGAAGGGAGCCCCGCCAGAUUGCCCAUCGCCCUCGGUCUUCACUCACUGUCCCCAGGAGGGGACCCCGGGAGACAGAUGCACUAACCAGGCGGUGCCACCCUGGAUCUAUAACUGUGAAUGCCCCACUGUGGAAGAUGGUAAACAAAGACAUGAAUGGAUUCCCAGUCAAGAAAUGCUCAGCCUUCCAAUUUUUUAAGAAGCGGGUACGAAGAUGGAUUAAGAGCCCCAUGGUCAGUGUGGACAAGCAUCCGAGCCCCAGCCUGAAGUACACAGGCCCCGCGGGGGUGCACCUGCCUCCAGGGGAGCCGGACUUCGAGCCUGCCUUGUGUCAAACAUGCCUGGGCGACCAUGCUUUCCAGAGAGGGCUUCUCCCUCCGGAGAAGGAGUCGUGCUCAUGGGAAACUCAAUCAGGGUGCGAAGUGAAAGAGCCAUGUAUUCCCCCGAACAUCCUGACCAAGCCCGAUCCAAGAACCUUCUGGACUAAUGAUGAAUCAGCGUUCAUGAAGCAGAGGAGGAUGGGCCUGAACGACUUUAUUCAGAAGAUCGCUAAUAAUUCCUAUGCGUGCAAGCACACUGAAGUUCAGUCCAUUUUGAAAAUCUCCCAACCUCAGGAGCCCGAGCUUAUGAACGCCAACCCUUCGCCUCCGCCAAGUCCGUCUCAACAAAUCAACCUUGGCCCAUCAUCAAACCCUCAUGCUAAACCAUCAGACUUUCACUUCCUAAAAGUGAUUGGAAAGGGCAGUUUUGGAAAGGUUCUACUAGCAAGACACAAAGCAGAGGAAGCCUUCUAUGCAGUCAAGGUGUUGCAGAAAAAAGCAAUCCUGAAAAAGAAGGAGGAGAAGCAUAUUAUGUCUGAGCGGAACGUGCUGCUGAAAAAUGUGAAACACCCUUUCCUGGUGGGCCUGCACUUCUCCUUCCAGACGGCCGACAAGCUGUACUUUGUCCUAGACUACAUUAACGGUGGAGAGUUGUUCUACCAUCUCCAGAGGGAGCGCUGCUUCCUGGAACCACGGGCUCGUUUCUAUGCUGCUGAGAUAGCCAGUGCCUUGGGUUACCUGCACUCUCUGAACAUCGUUUAUAGAGACUUGAAGCCGGAGAAUAUUCUACUAGAUUCACAGGGACACAUCGUCCUGACUGACUUUGGGCUGUGCAAGGAGAACAUUGAACACAACGGCACGACGUCCACCUUCUGCGGCACACCCGAGUAUCUUGCACCUGAGGUGCUUCAUAAGCAGCCUUAUGACAGGACGGUGGACUGGUGGUGCCUGGGGGCCGUCUUGUAUGAGAUGCUGUAUGGCCUGCCUCCGUUUUAUAGCCGAAACACAGCUGAGAUGUACGACAACAUUCUGAACAAGCCUCUCCAGCUGAAACCAAAUAUAACAAAUUCUGCAAGACACCUCCUAGAGGGCCUCCUGCAGAAGGACAGGACAAAGAGACUCGGGGCCAAGGAUGACUUUAUGGAGAUUAGGAAUCACGUCUUCUUCUCUCUAAUUAACUGGGACGAUCUCAUUAAUAAGAAGAUUACGCCUCCUUUUAACCCAAAUGUUAGUGGCCCCAGCGACCUGCGGCACUUUGAUCCCGAGUUUACCGAAGAGCCUGUCCCCAGCUCCAUCGGCAGGUCCCCUGACAGCAUCCUCAUCACGGCCAGCGUCAAGGAAGCGGCCGAGGCCUUCCUCGGCUUCUCCUACGCGCCACCCAUGGACUCCUUCCUCUGAACGGUCUGAGGGUCGGUUUUGAAGGAUUGCCUGUGCGUCUUUUAAAUAUUUUAGUUAGCCUUUCGGCGGAGCUGCCAGCUGACAGGCCAUCUCGGAAGAGAAUCUGCACCUCCUGGAAGCUUGGCAAUCUUGCACACUGCUUGCUGGACGCUUUUCGAAGAGCACAUUCUCCUCCUAGUGAGCUCAUGAGGUUUUCCCUUUCUCUUCUUCCUUCCAACGUGGUGCUAUCUCUGAAAUGAGCGCAAGAGGGCUGCCUUAGAGGCCAGAGCCGUGUCAGGAGGAGGAGGGCCCUGCUCCGGGAAGGAUCUUCCACCGCUCGGUCUGGGCUGUGAUGACGCAUACUAUGAAAUGUGCCUUUUCUGAUGAGAUCGUGUUAGCUCCAAAGCUUUUCCUACCGCAGAGCGUUUCCGUUCUUUAUUUUCCCUCGUGGAUCUCCCGUGUGAAGAGUGGUGUGAGUGUGGUAUGCUUGAUCCCAGAUGGAUUUUGUUAUAAGCAUCAAUGUGACACUUGCAGGACACUACAAUGUGGGACAUUGUUUGUUUCUUCCAUAUUUGGAAGAUAAAUUUAUGUGUAGACUGUUUUUUUUUUUGUAAGAUAUAGUUAAUAACUAAAAUUUCUUGAAAUGGUCUUGCAAUGACUUGUAUCCAGAUGCUUAAAGAAAGCAUUGCUGCUACAAAUAUUUCUAUUUUUAGAAAGGGUUUUUAUGGACCAAUGCCCCAGUUGUCAGUCAAAGCCGUUGGUGUUUUCAUUGUUUAAAAUGUCACCUGUAAAAUGGGCAUUAUUUAUGUUGUGGUUUUGUUUUUGUUUUUUUUUUUUUUGCAUUCCUGAUAAUUGUAUGUAUUGUAUAAAGAAAGUCUGUACAUUGGGUUAUAACACUAGUAUAUUUAAACUUACAGGCUUAUUUGUAAUGUAAACCACCAUUUUAAUGUACUGUAAUUAACAUGGUUAUAAUAUGUACAAACCUCCUCUCCUCCACACAACUUUUCUUGUGUGUGAUAAACCAAUUUUGGUUUGCAAUAAAACCUUGAAAAAUAUUUACAUAA